UUCGUUUUAGUCGUUAUUAAAUUUCAAAAUAUUUAUUGCAAAGAAAUUACUUGUUCGCUGGAAUAUAGUAAGAUGGCGCGGCGUGACACACUUUAAUUAAAUAAAGAAGAAAGAACUCUAAACGGGUGAGAGAGAAAGGACCCUGCUUUGACAAGUGUUUCCUUCACCUAUUCCCAUCAUAGUUUCUCCGUGGUCGAAAAAGAUAUUUGUGUUUUUACGGUGAAAUCAUUAUUUCGAUGAAAGUGAGUAGUGUUACUCAGUGCUGAGGUGGAAAAAGGGGAAGGGAAUUCAUGAACGGAAAACUGAAAGGCAUAGCAACUGAAAAAAUGGUCUCGAUGAUGCCAUGGAGAAGUUUCCACUGAAAGGUACAAAUUUGAUGAACAAUACAUUCCCUCAGAAUUAUCAGAAUACAUUAACAACAUACCAAUCGCUCGAUACGAAGAGGAUGCGCGAUCGCGGAAUCGAACUGCUGAACGUGAUAAUAAUUUAAGCAGCGACGACGACAUGCUGGAGGUUAAUAACGUAGGUUCUCAUCUUGGUGAGAAUACUGGUGUAUCGGAUAAUUGUAUUCGAAUCGACGAUGCUUCCUCUCACAUUUCAGUUGAUUCCGAUGAUAUCCCUGGAAUCGGUCAAUAUGAUGAUUUUCAUACUAUCGAUUGGCAAAGAGAUAUUGCCAGAGAUAGAAUGCGACAUCGAUAUAUUGUUAAGAAAAAGCAUGAUUCCAUCUGGGGUUUAAUCAAGGGUGCUCACGAUGCAUGGUCUGGAUGGCUCUGUGUUUUAUUGGUUGGUCUCUUUACAGGAGUCGCAGCAGGUAUUAUAGACAUAGGUGCCUCCUGGAUGACCGACUUAAAAUUUGGUAUAUGCCCCCAAGCUUUUUGGUUAAAUAAAGAACAGUGUUGUUGGAGUUACAAUGAAACAACUUUCGAUGGUGGUAACUGUUCUCAGUGGAGGACGUGGCCAGAAGUGUUUAGCCAGUCAAAAGAUGGUGCGGGUCCUUAUAUGAUCUCGUAUAUGUUUUACAUAGCUUGGGCUCUUCUGUUUGCUUCCCUUUCUGCAUCAUUAGUAAGAAUGUUUGCUCCAUAUGCCUGUGGUUCUGGAAUUCCUGAAAUAAAAACCAUUCUAAGUGGAUUUAUUAUUCGUGGAUAUUUAGGAAAAUGGACAUUGAUAAUUAAGUCAGUGGGUUUGAUUCUGUCAGUCUCAGCAGGUUUAAAUUUAGGCAAAGAGGGACCAAUGGUUCACAUAGCUUGUUGUAUAGGAAAUAUAUUUUCCUACCUAUUUCCGAAAUAUGGUAGAAAUGAAGCUAAGAAAAGAGAAAUUUUAUCAGCUGCUGCCGCUGCUGGUGUUUCAGUUGCUUUCGGUGCUCCAAUUGGAGGUGUGCUUUUCAGUCUUGAGGAGGUGAGUUACUACUUUCCCCUGAAGACAUUAUGGCGAUCAUUCUUCUGUGCUCUGAUAGCGGCAUUCAUUCUGCGAUCGAUCAAUCCCUUUGGCAACGAGCAUUCGGUGUUAUUUUACGUCGAGUACAAUAAACCUUGGAUAUUCUUUGAAUUGAUACCUUUCGUCAUGCUCGGAAUAAUCGGAGGAGUAAUAGCUACAUUGUUUAUCAAAGCAAAUUUGUUUUGGUGCCGAUAUCGUAAAACAUCAAAACUAGGUCAGUACCCGGUUACCGAAGUUCUGAUAGUAACGGUUGCAACAGCUGUUAUUGGAUAUCCAAACCCCUACACUCGGAUGAGUACAAGUCAACUGAUUUACCUGUUGUUUAGUCAGUGCGGAGGUUCGAACGCUGACAUACUAUGCGAUUACAACAGAAAUUUCACUGCUGUGAAGUCAGCGAUUGAAAUCGCUGCAGCUGGACCCGGAGUUUACAAAGCGAUAUGGUUGCUUGUGUUGGCGUUAAUUUUAAAGCUCGCAUUGACGAUAUUCACGUUCGGUAUGAAAGUACCCUGCGGACUGUUUAUUCCGUCGCUGUGCUUGGGAGCGAUAAUGGGCCGCAUUGUUGGCAUCGGAAUGGAACAACUCGCGUACAAUUAUCCGCACAUUUGGAUGUUCAGCGAAGAGUGCUCGACUGGUGUAGAUUGCAUAACACCUGGACUAUACGCGAUGGUUGGCGCCGCGGCUGUCCUCGGCGGCGUCACCAGAAUGACCGUGUCCCUCGUCGUGAUAAUGUUCGAGUUAACUGGAGGUGUACGGUAUAUCGUGCCGCUAAUGGCCGCGGCUAUGGCUAGCAAAUGGGUCGGCGACGCUCUUGGAAAGCAAGGUAUCUACGACGCCCACAUCGAUCUGAAUGGAUACCCAUUCCUCGACAGUAAAGACGAAUUUCAGCACACCACUCUCGCGGCCGACGUGAUGCAACCGAAGCGUAACGACGCUCUUCAUGUGCUUACUCAGGAUUCGAUGACCGUCGAAGAUGUUGAGAAUUUAUUGAAGGAAACCGAGCACAACGGUUUCCCUGUAAUAGUGUCGAAGGAAUCCCAAUAUCUCGUUGGUUUUGUAUCCCGCAGGGAUUUGAAUCUCGCCAUUGCAAACGCUAAACGCAUGACAGAGGAGAUCACUGGACAAUCUUUGGUCUUGUUCACCAAUGGAACUAACAUUCAAAAUCACUCCCCUCCGCCACUUAAGUUGAAGAAAAUCCUCGAUAUGGCCCCGAUCACCAUUACAGACCAAACGCCCAUGGAGACUGUUGUCGAUAUGUUUAGGAAAUUGGGACUGAGGCAGACACUCGUUACGCAUAAUGGUCGACUUUUGGCAGUUAUUACGAAAAAGGACGUAUUGAGACAUAUGAAGCAACUUGACAACGAAGAUCCUAACUCUGUAUUGUUUAAUUGAGAUGUACAUAAAAAUGUAUAAGGGAAAUAGAAGAAGUGUUUUAUAAUGCUGUAGUAGGAACCGAAAAAUUAGACCGACUGCGCUAACAGUAUUUUAUAUUUUCAUAAAGGAUUCGUUGAAAGGGAUGCGUAAGUUUAUUAGUAAUUUAAAAGGAGCAAAAGCAAAGCCGAGAUAUAGUUCUAUUAUACACACUCGAAUACGUUGUACGAUUUUCUUAAUUCCGGAGUAGAUUGAUUUCCGUCGCGGCGGAUGAGAAAGAUAAUUUUCGCGAGGUUUCUCGUAGUUAGAAAAAUAUGUGUACCGUUCUAUCGCGAAUAUGAUUUUCCAAACGAAUAAUGUACGAGUCAUCUAAUAAGGAAACACUAGAUCAAAUGCGAAUACACUAAUGCGUGAGUAUAAAAACUGUGCUGUGUAGAUAUUAGGCAACUAGUUAUUAUUUGUGUUAGACGUGGCCGUGGGCCAUGUUGAAAUAUUUUUUAUCCUUAAGAAUGUAAAGGAAAGUAUAGCAAAUACAAUCUAUAUUUGAAUAACAGAGAUCGCAACACCUUUAUUUAAAAAUAAAUAAAAAACGAAAAAAAAAGAGAAGAAAAAAUCAUUAAUGUUUCGGACGUACUACAUCUUAUAAAAUGCUUGAAAUAUUCGACACGUGUAUUCGUACACGAAGUAUGAGGAUACACGAAUAUCAUAUGUGUGGAUGUAAGCGCACGCGCGAGUGUGUGUCACUUCUCGUUCUUGAUUUCUCUCGAUGAACUUAUAAUUUUAAUACGACUAGAAUUAAUUUAAGUAUUUAUACACCGACUAUCGAGAGCUAGGCAAGGCGGUUUCAAUUGGUUUCUUUUGAACCGGUGAAAAGAUCAAUGAGAUUCGGUCGAGAAUUUUAAAACUAAAAUAGGAUACCUGUUAAUUAGACGGAUCGUUUUCUUUGAUUUUAAAAAGAACGGAAAAAGGGGGAAAAAACACGAACCAAAAAUUCAUAUGUGAUCGACGACGUCGAGUCUCAAUAUACAUAUGUACAUAUACGAAUACAGUAUGUGAGCACAUAUGCGACGAACCCGAGCAUGCGGAUGUUAUGAGUACACCGACGUUACCGUGCAUCUUUAUAUGGAUAUGUACCAAUGUUGAACUACUAAUGUAAAAAUAAACAUUGUUUACAAUA